AUGGCAGAAAACGGCCCCCCUCCUCCCAUCAGCAUCCACUCACUCGGAGAGCUCCUCGAGAGCAAGCGUACCCACCGCUUCCUCCUUACACUUAUUGCCAUCGAUGCUGUCUUCGUGCUCAUGGACCUUGCCUGGAACAUCCUCAACCCAAACUGCGAGGGCGGUGAGAAGGAUGAGGCCCCCGAGUGGCUGGAGCGUCUUGCCCUCUUCUCCCUCCUCAUCGAUUUCCUCUUCUUCAUCGAAAUUCCCAUGUCGCUUUACGCGUUUGGCCCCCAGUUCUUUGGCUUGAGCACCAAGAAGAAGCCUGUCCCUCACUAUGUCCUGCACCUCUUCGAUGCCAUCGUCAUUAUCCUCACCAUCACCCUCGAGGUCAUUCUCAAGGGCAAGGAGCGCGAGCUGGCUGGUCUGCUCGUCGUCCUCCGUCUGUGGCGUAUUGUCAAACUGGUCGGCGCGACCGCAGUCGGCGUCGGCGAGUGGGACGAAGAGGCCGUCACGACAGUGGACGAGUGCAAGACGCGUAUCAAGGAGCUCCUGGCGCGCAACAGCGAGCUCGCGGCCCGUAACGAGGUGCUCCUGAAGGAAGUCGUCUUCCUCCGCAACUUGGACCACCGUGUCGCCCGCGAGCUCGAGGAGGCCUAA